CGGAUCAAAUUGAAUAAUCGAAGAGAGAUGGGACCCUAGCUACGAGUCAUUCCCUCUGACGUCGAAUGAUCUACUUGCUUGUACUUCUCUUUGUCGAGAUUCAGUUGGUCUUCAGUCUACCACUCCGUGGGUAUAAGAUCGCAAAGAAUGCAUUCCAAGUGAGAUGUCCAAGAUCAAAGGAACGAGGGUAAGAAUCGACGAGGAAUCAAUAAGAUAUAAGAUAAGUGAAUGACAAAGCGUGAGUAUAAUUCUCAACCCGAGAUGUUAGAAGGUGCAAAAUCAAUAGGUGCCGGAGCUGCUACAAUUGCUUCAGCGGGAGCUGCUAUCGGUAUUGGAAACGUAUUCAGUUCUUUGAUUCAUUCUGUGGCGCGAAAUCCAUCAUUGGCUAAACAAUCAUUUGGUUAUGCCAUUUUGGGCUUUGCUCUAACCGAAGCUAUUGCAUUGUUUGCCCCAAUGAUGGCCUUUUUGAUCUUAUUCGUAUUCUGAUCGAAGAAAGAAGGUUUCCAUUCAGUCUCAUAAAGCAAGCACCUCUUUCACAUAAGAAAGUGGAGGCAGGCUUGGGGAUACGAUCUAAAAUGAUUCCAAGGACCGGGCAAUCGCCCUCUUUUUUAAUGAAGAAGCGGGCUAGUCCCCGAAAAUGCCCGUUAAUCAAGCAAGUUGGGGAACAAAAUCUUCCUUGUUAGUUACUCAUUUCUUCGGUCGAGCGUUCUCCGGACGUCGAGAAAUCUAUCACUCAAUCACUGGCCGCUCUGUAAUUGUCUGAUUUUAGGUUUUUG